AGCGCUUCACACCGAAGGUUCCUGCGCGACACACACCGAUGACUGUUUGAUCCCUCACGGAUUCCGUUUCCCACCCUUACAGCAGAGCUUUCCGCACGACAUGGUUCCCUAGUACCAAACGACUGCGCGGCACAGUAAAACGGGACUUGGAAAGUUACUUAUGCCAAAUAAAGCUUAUUCUGAAUCUGGGCGGACUCUGUGAGCUGGAGGUCCGUAACUGCAAAGGACUCAUCUUGUGGAUAUUAAACAUAAAAGCGGGGUGGACGGAGAGUAACUUUUAUUUUAUUGGACACAUGGACGUGAAUUUUUACGCACAAACGAGUGAGUGAAUGUCACUUGGCAAACAACAGGCUACUCUGGAGACAGUUGUCAACAGUUCUUGAACUAAAAGUGUGAUCGCCCUGGAUUUGGAAUAUAUUGUGUGAUUAAACAUAGCCUAUAUAUUUUUUAAAUGUUACAUUAAAUGCAUGUCAGUGUAGAUUGCUGAUAAAAAGACACUCAGAAAACCAACCUUUAUGUGCAUUUCGGACACCUUAUAGAAUGUUCGUGCGUUAUACACGGCCUCCCGUGCGCAAAGUUUUAAAAUAUUUUUAAAUAUUGUUCGCAAACUCAGACCUACAUCGAAGUUAAACAAUAUCCAAGUCUGAUAUAUAAAAGUGCCGUAUGGUUGAAGGAUCAGUCUUUAAUUCAUUCGCACCUCGCUUCAUUUGCGCUAAGGCGCAGGACGCGCCAGAGACCGCACACUCUCUAGACAAUUACGCGCCGUCCACACACUCAACAGUGGCAGGACUGUGGAGGAGCAACAUGUACCCGGCGUGCAGGACAAAGCCGUUCAAUAUCUCUUCACCUGCUCUUCUGGCAGUGUUUGGGAAUUCGGGCAAACCGAGAAGGAGACUCUGUUGGAUUGUAGUAUUGUUGUCGGUGGUGUUUCAGCUGGCAUCCGCGCAAGAUGAUGUUCCUCCAUACUUUAAGACAGAACCGGUACCAAGUCAGUUGCAUCUGGAGAGGAACCGGUUGGUUCUGACCUGUAUGGCCGAGGGUAGCUGGCCUCUGGAAUUUAAAUGGAUCCACAAUGACACAGAGAUCACUCAUUUCUCACUGGAGUACAGGUAUUUGAUACCAUCUCUGGACAGAUCGCACGCUGGCUUCUAUCGGUGUAUUGUGAGGAACAGAGUUGGAGCGUUGUUACAGAGGAGAACCGAAGUACAAGUAGCAUACAUGGGAGGUUUUGAGGAAGGGGAACGAGUCCAAGCCAUAUCCCAAGGAGAGGGAGCAGUCAUACCAGCACCACGCAUACACUGUUUCCCCCAGCCACAGGUUACAUGGUUCAGAGAUGGACGCAAAAUCCCUCCCAGCAGUCGGAUAGCCAUCACCCUGGACAAUACACUGGUCAUCCUGUCCACAGUGGCCCCAGAUGCAGGAAGAUACUACGUACAAGCUGUAAAUGACAAGAAUGGAGAAAACAAGACGGGCCAGCCCAUAACACUGUCUGUAGAAAAUGUUGGUGGUCCUGCAGACCCCAUUGCUCCCACCAUUGUGAUCCCACCAAGAAACACCAGCGUUAUCUCAGGAACCUCUGAGGUCACCAUGGAGUGUGUGGCCAAUGCAAGGCCAUUAAUAAAGUUGAGUAUCAGUUGGAAGAAGGAUGGCAUUCUGGUGAGGAGUGGACUGAGUGAUUUUAACCGUAGACUGACGAUUUUGAGUCCGGUGGUCAGUGACUCUGGCUUCUACGAGUGUGAAGCUGUUCUCCGUAGCAGCAGCGUGCCCUCUGUCAGUGCUGGAGCAUACCUUCAUGUGCUGGAACCACCUCAGUUUGUUAAGGAACCAGACAAACACAUCACAGCUGAGAUGGAGAAAGUUGUGGAUAUACCCUGCCAGGCCAAAGGAGUCCCUCAGCCUGAUAUUGUAUGGUAUAAGGAUGCAGUUUCCAUCAGCCCAGUGAAGACCCCGCGCUACAGAGUGCUGGCAGGGGGCAGCCUGCAGGUGAACGGCCUUCUGCCUGAUGACACCGGAAUGUUCCAGUGUUUUGCCCGCAAUCAGGCGGGAGAGGUGCAGACCAACACCUACCUUGCUGUUACCAGUAUUGCCCCAAACAUCACGGCCGGUCCUUCCGACAGCACUGUGAUUGAUGGGAUGUCAGUCAUUCUGCACUGUGAGACCUCAGGAGCACCCCGACCUGCAAUCACCUGGCAAAAAGGAGAGCGUGUGCUGGCGAGCGGCUCAGUUCAGCUUCCACGGUUCACUCUCCUCGAGUCAGGAAGUUUACUCAUAAGCCCCUCCCACAUAUCAGACGCCGGCACUUACACUUGCAUGGCCAGCAACUCGCGUGGCAUAGAUGAGGCAUCAGCCGACCUUGUGGUCUGGGCACGUACACGCAUCACUAAUCCUCCUCAGGACCAGAGCGUCAUCAAAGGAACAAAAGCCACCAUGACCUGCGGUGUGACGCAUGAUCCCAGUGUUUCAGUCAGGUUUGUUUGGGAGAAAGACGGUCAGGUGAUCAUCGCUCAGUCUCUACCUCGACUGCGACUAGACGUGAAUGGAACCCUGCACAUCACUCAGACAUGGUCAGGUGACAUCGGCACAUACACCUGCAGAGUGACAUCAGUGGGUGGCAAUGACUCCCGCAGCGCACAUCUACGUGUGAGGCAGUUGCCCCAUGCCCCUGAGAACCCCACUGCUGUGUUAAGUGCAACAGAAAAGAGAGCCAUAAACCUGACGUGGGCCAAACCUUUUGAUGGAAACAGCCCUCUCAUCCGCUACAUUCUGGAAGUGUCUGAAAACAAUGCUCCUUGGACUGUCCUAUUGGCUAACAUCGAGCCCGAGGUGACCGCAGUAACAGUAAACGGUCUGAUCCCGGCGCGCUCGUACCAGUUCCGCCUGUGUGCCAUCAAUGAUGUUGGCAAAGGCCAGUUCAGCAAGGAGACUGACCGAGUGUCUCUUCCAGAGGAGCCGCCCAGUGCUCCCCCUCAGAAUGUCAUUGCCAGUGGACGCACCAACCAGUCGAUCAUGAUUCAGUGGCAGCCGCCUCCAGAAAGUCACCAAAAUGGCAUCUUGAGAGGAUAUAUCAUCCGGUAUCGUCUGACUGGUCUGCCUGUGGAUAUCCAGUAUAAAAAUAUCUCCAACCCUGACGUCACCAACCUGCUGUUAGAGGAUCUAAUCAUCUGGACUAACUAUGAGAUUGAAGUGGCAGCAUAUAAUGAAGCUGGACUGGGCGUUUACUGCCAUAAGGUUACAGAGUGGACCCUCCAGGGAGUUCCCACCAUUGCUCCAGGCAAUGUGAAAGCAGAGCCCAUCAACUCCACCACAGUCCGGUUCACUUGGACAGCCCCAAACCCGCAGUUCAUCAAUGGUAUCAACCAGGGCUACAAGCUGUUGGCAUGGGAACCAGGAAAGGAAGAUGAGAUGACAAUAGUGACAGUUCGGCCAAACUUUCAGGACAGCGUGCACGUGGGCCACAUCACCGGCCUAAAGAAAUUCUCUGAGUACUUCACCUCAGUUCUCUGCUUCACCACACCAGGAGACGGGCCACGCAGUCCACCACGAAGACUGCGUACACAUGAAGACACCCCUGGUGCUGUCGGACACCUGAGCUUCACAGAGAUUCUCGACACUUCGCUUAAAGUGAGCUGGAGAGAGCCCAAUGAGAAAAAUGGUGUUCUAACAGGGUAUCGUGUAUCAUGGGAGGAGUACAAUCGUACUAACACACGGGUCACACACUACCUGCCUAAUGUUACUCUGGAGUACAGAGUUACUGGACUGACAGCACUCACCACAUACACCAUUGAGGUGGCUGGAAUGACCUCCAAGGGUCAGGGUCAACUAUCAUCUUCAACCAUCUCCUCAGGUGUACCACCAGAGCUUCCCGGCCCUCCCACAAACCUGGCCAUCUCAAACAUUGGCCCUCGCUCAGUAACCCUGCAGUUCAAGCCAGGAUACGAUGGCAAGACCUCAAUUUCUCGCUGGCAGGUCGAGGCCCAGGUCGGUGUAGUGGGAGAGAACGAGGAUUGGGUGAUGGUCCAUCAGCUGGCCAAUGAACCUGAUGCUCGCUCUUUGGAGGUCACCGGCCUCAACCCUUAUACUUUCUAUAGGUUCCGAAUGCGUCAGGUGAACAUUGUAGGCACCAGUCCACCCAGCCAGCCUUCCAGAAAGAUCCAGACCCUGCAGGCUCCUCCUGAUAUGGCCCCAGUCAACGUAACCCUGCGGACGGCCAGCGAAACCAGCCUCUGGCUUAGAUGGGUGCCUCUUCCUGAAUGGGAGUAUAAUGGGAACCCAGAUUCGGUGGGCUACCGUGUGCAGUACAGCAGGACUGGAGCCCAGUCUAAAGUUCUGCUUCAAGUCAUCGCAGACCGCUUGGAGAGAGAGUUUACCAUCGAGGACCUGGAGGAGUGGACAGAGUAUGAGGUCAGAGUUCAGGCCAUCAAUGGCAUCGGAGCGGGACCCUGGAGUCAGCCCGUACGGGGUAGAACCAGAGAGUCCGUCCCCUCCUGUGGGCCCACAAAUGUCUCUGCAUUUGCCACCACCUCCAGCAGCAUUCUGGUCCGCUGGUUUGAAGUUCCUGAACCUGACAGAAAUGGACUCAUCCUGGGCUAUAAGGUGGUGUAUAAGGAAAAGGACUCUGACUCUCCUCUUCAGUUUUGGAUGGUGGAGGGAAACGCCACCCAUAGUGUUCAGCUAAACGGACUGGGGAAGUAUGUUCUGUAUGAGAUCCAGGUCUUAGCUUUCACCCGCAUUGGAGAUGGCCGACCCAGCUCCCCGCCGAUACUGGAGCGCACCCUCGAUGACGUGCCUGGGCCGCCUGUGGUCAUUUUAUUUCCUGAAGUCCGCACCACUUCGGUCAGACUCAUCUGGCAGCCACCCUCUCAGCCCAAUGGCAUCAUACUGGCCUAUCAGAUCACAUACCGGCUAAACUCCACUAAUAGCAACACAGCCACAUUUGACGUGUUGAACUCCAGUGCACGGCAGUAUACAGUCACGGGGCUGAGACCAGAAUCCGUCUACGUGUUCCGUAUCAGAGCGCAGACACGCAAGGGCUGGGGAGAAGCUGCUGAGGCUUUGGUGGUCACCACAGAGAAGAGAGCUCGACCUCAGCCCACCAGCCGUCCCACGGUGCCCCAGGAAAACGUACAGGCACGCAGUGUGCUGCUGUCAUGGGAACCAGGCAGCGAUGGUUUAUCUCCGGUUCGGUACUACACCGUUCAAGUCAGAGAGCUGCCUCAGAAGAAUUGGACGGUCCAUUCUGCGUCUGUUAGCCAUGAGUCCAGUUCCUACAUCGUAGACAGACUGAAGCCGUUCACCUCCUAUCAGUUCAAAGUGAAAGCUACUAAUGAUAUUGGAGACAGUGACUACAGUGAAGAGAGUGAAGCUAUCACUACACUACAGGAUGCCCCAGAUGAAGCUCCAACCAUCCUCACUGUCAAACCAUACACCACAACCUCAGUUCUGAUUUGCUGGCAGCCCCCUCCUGAGGAAAAAAUUAAUGGAAUUAUUCUGGGAUUCCGAAUCCGGUAUCGGGAGCUGCUUUAUGACCGGCUCCGAAGUUACAGCGUUCACACUGUCAAUGGAGCUUCAACCGGCUGGGCAGAACUCACCUCUCCCUACAACAUACGGAACAUCAGCGAAUCCUCCCUUACUCAGUAUGAACUGGACAAUCUUAUGAAACACAAGCGCUAUGAGAUCAGAAUGAGUGUGUACAAUGCUGUUGGUGAGGGACCAACCAGCUCACCACAGGAAGUCUUUGUGGGAGAAGCAGUUCCAACUGCCCCACCUCUAAAUGUGGUCAUCCAAUCAGCUACUGCCACGCAAUUUGAUGUAACGUGGGACCCGCCUCCGCUGGAGACUCAGAAUGGAGAUAUUCAGGGUUAUAAGAUCUUCUUUUGGGAAUAUCAACGGAAAAAUGAGACGGAGAAACUGCGUACUCUCUUCCUGCCUGAGGGAGGAGUAAAGCUCAAGAAUCUAACGGGCUACACCACCUACAUGAUCAGUGUCGCUGCUUUCAAUGCAGCCGGGGAUGGACCACGCAGCCCACCGACCAGAGGAAGAACUCAACAAGCUGCUCCCAGUGCUCCCAGUUUGAUCCAUUUCAGUGAGCUCACCACCACCUCUGUCAAUGUGUCCUGGGGCGAGCCUGUCUUCCCUAACGGUAUCAUUGAGGGCUACAGACUCAUCUACAAACCCUGCAUGCCUGUUGAUGAGUCCUCAGUGGCCUGUGUCGACUGUCUUCACUCCCCCUCCCCCCCAGGCGUUAGUAAGAUCGUGACGGUGGACGUGAAGGGGAACGCCCCCCUGUGGCUGAAAAUCAAAGAUCUGGCUGAUGGAGUCACGUACAACUUCCGCAUCCAUGCCAAAACCUUCACCUACGGUCCAGAGGUGGAGGCCAACAUCACCACAGGACCUGGAGAUGGAGCACCGGGCCCUCCUGGUGAACCCUUCAUCUCUCGAUAUGGCUCCGCCCUGACCAUCCACUGGGCCAAUGGGGAUCCCGGGCGGGCACCUAUCACACGCUAUGUUAUUGAGGCCAGACCCUCAGAUGAAGGUUUGUGGGAUAUUUUAAUCAAAGACAUCCCCAAAGAAGUGACAUCAUACACCUUCAACAUGGACAUCUUGAAACAGGGAGUCAGCUAUGAUUUCCGGGUGAUUGGGGUGAAUGACUAUGGAUACGGGUCUCCAAGUCAGCCGUCACCAUCCAUAUCAGCCCAAAAAGUGGCUCCAUUCUAUGAGGAAUGGUGGUUUCUGGUGGUGGUUGCUCUGGUUGGCCUCAUUUUCAUCCUGCUGCUUGUUUUCAUUCUCAUCAUCAGAGGCCAGAGCAAGAAAUAUGCCAAGAAAUCUGACUCAGGAAACAACACCAACUGUAACGCACUGACACAUGGAGAGAUGGUCAGCCUGGAUGAGAGCCGCUUUCCCGCCCUGGAGCUAAACAACCGAAGACUGUCCGUUAAAAAUUCCUUCUGCCGCAAAAAUGGCGUCUAUACCAGGUCUCCUCCUCGACCCAGUCCAGGCAGUCUUAACUACUCUGAUGAGGAUGUCAGCACCAAGUACAAUGACCUGAUCCCAGCAGAGAGCAGCAAUCUCACAGAGAAGCCUUCUGAGAUCUCAGAUUCACAGGAGGCGCUUGUUUUCUCCUUUAAGACUGGGGGCCUCCAUCAUACUCUUCCAACUCAAGGGGGCAGCGACAGCGAAUAUGAGGUGGAUCCUAACCGGCAGAAGACCCAUUCGUUUGUCAACCACUACAUCAGCGACCCCACCUACUACAACUCCUGGCGUAGGCAGCAGAAGGGAAUCUCUCGAGCACAGGCCUACAACUACACUGAAUCAGAGUCUGGAGAUCCCAAACCCUGUGCCCCUCCACCACCUCUACCCCCUCUACCCCCAUUCCCCCCACAGCUAAGUUCGCCAACACCCCAGAGCCAGCCCCAGACUGGCACCCUCUUCAGACCCAAGGGCAGCCGGACUCCUACUCCCUCCCAGCAGAGCUCAAACCCACCCAGUCAGCAUGGCACACUUUAUCGUCCCCCGAGCAGUUUGGCCCCUGGCUCAAGGGCCCCAAUUGCUGGCUUCUCAUCAUUUGUUUAAUAGAAUGAAAAUAUCUGUACAGAGGAAUAAAAUAUGAAGGCAGUGAGAUCUACUUUUCCAAAGCCUGGUCAAACGUAUGUAGAAGAAUGACAGCAAAUAUCAACCCUGGAUCUGUUGCGCAACGUCAUCGCAAGCUUAUUUUUAUUUUUAUACUCUUUAUUUGGUCUCAGAAUCGCACACAGAUGACAGAGGUUUGUUUGCUCUUUGGUUUCUUUGCUUGUGUGUGUUGCUUUCAGUGUAUUUUGCUUCAUAUAAUGAAAGACAAUCACUUGAAAAGACAAGCAAUGAGAUAAGUGAGCUUUUUUGUUUAAGUUUGGGUUUGUUUGUGCUACCCGUGAAACUGCAUGGCUUGAUUACUUUUUCAAAUUAAUCUUGUUUUAAUUUUUUUUUUUUUUUUUUUUUUUUAUUAUAAUUAUUUGUUUCUUUUGUUCCAUAGUAUACAGUAAAAAACAAUCAAAGUAAGUUACAUAUGCUGGACAAAAGCACCAACACAUGAAAAAUAAAUAAAAAAUAGGGCCUGCCUAAGGUGAAAAUGUUGUGUUGUAUCUUAGCACUUGGACUGCUAACGGUGUUUGGGACAUCGAGAAAAAAGCGAAACUUAAAAAUUGAAGAUUUUUACUGUGGCAUUUUUGUCCUUACGCUUUUGACAAAGUACUGGGGUGAGUAGGAAAAGUUACAAAGUUCAUUCUGAUCUGGCGACUAAGAGACUACGAUCUGAUAAAGGCUUGUCUGCACUUAGCACAUGUAUGAGUUGAAAGGCCAGCAUCAUUUAUUGAUGUGACAUGUAAAUUUUCACCGGUGCUUUAAAAAGCCAACAGGUCAAAUUAAGUGCUUCAUGCUAAUUUGUGUUUUGAAUGUUUUUCCAGAGGGGAAAUGUACAACGUGUUUGUAAAGUUGAUGAUAGGAGCUCGAGUAUAUUUCCCAUGUGAAACUGAUAGAUCAAAGGCCAAAUAUGAAAAAGCCUCAUUUAGUAUUAUAAUAUUAUACUUUUGCUCUGAAUUAAGCAUUCAGAGUUAUUAAUGUCAGCAUCAGGUGUGUGUUUAUGUGGGGGGUGGGGGGGUGUAUGUUGAGGCCGUGUCAUUUGUUGCUCCUUUUGAUUUGACUCUAUGAUGUCAUCCUGAGCUUUAGGUCGCACUUCCCCUGUACAAAUGUUAACAUCAGACACAAAAAUAAACAGCAGAGCUCAUUCUUUUGCCAGCAUUUCAUGUGGUGCUGGACAUCAAAUGCCUAACGAAAAGUUUCUAUUCUCACACUUCUUCUUUACUGAGAUCUUUCAAAGACACUACCACUACCAAGUCAUCUUUGCCGCUAAUGACUUUACUAAUGGAAGCUCUGAUUAUCUGGCAAGAUGUAAUGUCAUAACUGAUAACAUUUCAAAGAUUGUGCAACCAAGCAAAUGUAUUUUACCUGUGUACUUUGGACCACAUGGAUUAUUCACCACUUUGCUUUGGCACGGCUAUUCAGAGUUUCAGAAGAUAAAAGAAAACGGACUAAGGGACCUGACAUGAAGUCAGCAGAGAACUAAACAGCACUUGCACAGCUUACUUUUGUGGUUUAAUGACGUCAUUUGCUCUUUCUUUUCUGUGAAGUGAUUUUACUGUGUGCACUGUAUAAACAAGGCCAAUCACAUGCUCAGUCUGCCUGAACACGGUAUAUUCCUAAAUAAAUGAUGUUUUAUGCAAAUGUUA